AUGGCUCUCUCCAUCCGAGCAUCUGCAGGACCCCGACAAUUCUCUUCCAGGAGUGGAUAUGGUGGAGGUUCUGUUAGACUGUCUAGCACCAGCAGUACAGGAAGUUUUGGAGGAGGAUUUGGUGGUGGGUCUCUUCUCAGCUUUGGUGGUGGUGGUGGAUAUGGUGGAGGAUUAGGUAGUGGUUAUGGUGGAGGACUGGGCAGUGGAUUUGGUGGAGGUUUAGGAAGUGGCUUUGGUGGAGGGCUAGGAAGUGGCUUUGGUGGAGGAUUAGGGGGUGGCUUUGGUGGAGGUGGCUUUGGUGGAGGUGGCUUUGGUGGAGGUUCUGGUGGUGGCGAGGGCAGCCUCUUAGCAGGCACUGAAAAGGAAACUAUGCAAAAUCUGAAUGAUCGCCUGGCUGCCUACUUGGACAAGGUGAGAUCUCUGGAGGAAGCCAAUACUGAGCUGGAACGCAAGAUCCGUGAAUGGUAUGAGAAAAAUGGACCAGGUGCUGGUGGCCCGGGGGCCGGCGGAGAUUACAGUAAAUAUUAUCCAGUAAUUGAAGAUCUCAGGAACAAGAUCAUCCAUGCAACUAUUGAGAAUGCCCGGAUUGUUCUUCAGAUUGACAAUGCGAGGCUGGCAGCUGAUGAUUUCAGGCUGAAAUUUGAGAAUGAAGUGGCUCUUCGCCAGAGUGUUGAGGCUGACAUUAAUGGCCUGCGCAGAGUCCUGGAUGAGCUGACCUUGACUAGAGCUGACCUGGAGAUGCAGAUUGAAAGUCUGAAUGAGGAACUGGCAUACCUCAAGAAGAACCAUGAGGAAGAGCUCCAAGGUUUCCAAAGCAAUGCCACUGGUCAAGUCAGUGUGGAAAUGGAUGCUGCUCCAGGGGUUGAUUUGACCAAACUUCUGAACGAUAUGAGAGCACAGUAUGAGGCAAUUGCUGAACAACAUCGGAAGGAAGCUGAAGCCUGGUUCAAUGAAAAGAGUGGAGAACUGAAAAGAGAAAUAUCUUCCAAUACUGAACAGCUUCAGUCGGGAAAGAGUGAAAUUACAGACCUGAGACGCACUUUACAAAGCCUGGAAAUAGAGCUACAAUCUCAGUUUGCUAUGAAAAAAUCCCUUGAAGACACUCUAGCAGAAACAGAAGCAGGAUACUGUGCCCAGCUUUCGCAAAUGCAGCUUCAGAUCGGAAACCUGGAAAGCCAGCUUUUCCAGGUCCGUGCAGACAUGGAGCGACAAAAUGCAGAAUACCAGCUCCUCCUGGAUAUCAAGACCCGUCUGGAAAUGGAGAUUGAAACUUACCGCCGACUACUAGAUGGUGAAAUGGGGCAAUUGUGUAGUCUAAUAUCUCUACAAUCUCUUUGCAGCUCAUUUGAAAGUGCUUCAGUGGCAACAAAUCCAAGCAAAACCAGAAAGAUCAAGACAAUUGUUGAAGAGGUGGUGGAUGGCAAAGUAGUUUCAUCCCAAGUUAAGGAAGUUGAAGAGAAAGUCUAA